UCCCAUCGACUAUAACUUCCCCAACAAGCAAAUACGAUUGACCUAAAAGAGCGCAGGAGCGAAUUCUGUAAAAGGAACUUGUGGCGUCCACCUUUGUCUUCGCCUAGGUUUCUUCAAUGGAUCCUCUCAGUUCACCGCGGCUCGGCCGACGGGCCAGGUACCCUCUUCCUCCGCAUUUUCCCGAUUCCAACUAUUGUCCCCAACGUCAUCCACCCUUCUCCUCUUUUGCAACUCAUCCGGCGGUGCCAACCCCCCCGGCGAUUUCUCGGAACCACUAUUAUGAAUCGCGGCUUGUCCAUCAUCCCGGUGAUCUUUCUUGCUUUCCUUCCCCGCACCGUUCAAAUCCCCCUCGAUUUGAUGAUCGUCAUCCUCCUUUCCCUAGGGUUUCUGAUCGUGCCAUCCAUCGUGUCCCACCUGAUGGCAAGCACAUACUGCCCGAGCUUUGGGAUCGAGGCCGAGGUGGCUCUGUCGAUAAACCUGGGAUGUUUGAUGAGGGUCCUGAUCGGAUCAAGCCAUAUGACAGUUACUUUAAAUUUGGAGAUCCCGAUCGAGACCGAGAUGCCAGGAGAAGGCUGGAGUCCGAGCAAGAUCGGUUCUUGGGGGAUGAUUCUGAAUGGAAGAACCAGCGGCAGCUUCGGUUCUGGGAUGAACGAGAAAGCCGUUACCGUGAACCGUUUCCCGAGCAACUGCCGCCAGAAGCUGUACCUUUGGCAGCAGCACCUCCGCCAUUCCACUCUCCUAGAGGACUGGGUAGUUCUGGCUCGGUUAAAAAUAGCGGUCGAAAGGAUUCCUUUGUUUUUGUGCAUCGGCAUCGACCUAGUUCUCCACCUUCCUCUGGCCGUUCCUUUCCGAAUACAAAAGUAGUUAAGAGCACUGGGGAUAUGGCAGCGUACUCCCAAGUUAUUGGAAAUGGACCUGAUUUUAAACCAGUACAAUCUAUCUACAAGAAAAGGAACAGUUCCAGAGUUUUGGCUCCAGAUCGUGGUUUUGGAGGGAGAAAGUACGUGGGGCAUAAUGCAAUUAAGAAAUCGGAUCCAAUUAAUAUUGCCAACGAAGAUGGGUUUUGGAAUGGUAAUCAUAUGGUAAGAAAAGCAUCUAGCAUCUCAACUAAUUAUAGUGAGCAUGGAUUUGAAGAAGAUUGCUACACAGGAUACAAUGGUAAGAUGAAGAUGACCAGUAAUAGGGGUGCUAAAUAUAAUGCACAUUCCGCGAAGAGGCCUUUGCAGAAGCCUAGUGCAUUUGCUAGGAUACAAAGUGGGUUAUCUGUGUGGGAGAGGUUAGAGGAGAAACCAUUGAUAUUGCCCACUCCUUGUUCUGCUCCAAGUUCCCUUGCUUCUCCUCCUGGAAUAUCAAAUGAGACUGAGGCCAAAGCUAACAUCCUUGACCUCUCAUUCAAAUCAAAUACUCUGUUAUCAAAGUUUCUUAAAUCCUUUGGUGCUGAGCCAAGCUCCAUUGAAAAAGAUCUUUUUGUAGAAAAGCCUAAUACUAAUAGAGUUACAGAGAAGAAUGAUAUGACACAGAAAAGGGAAAAAGUGAUAAUUCCUAUUAAUUCAGGUUUAUCAGGCUCUAGUGGAAACCAAAAUAGAGUCAUGAAGAAGAAAAAGAAGAAGAAUAUGAUACACAUAAGGGAAAAGGUGGUAAUUCCUAUCGUUUCAACCUCACCUGGCUCUAUUGCAAAGCAAGGAGUUAGGAAAUAUUUUUCAAGCAGUCUUAGAAAUAUCUCAGAGCUCUCAGAAGCUAACAAAGCAGAAUUAUCUUCUCGUAUGCCUGGGACCAAAUCUAUGCCCAGUGCUUGGACAAAGAAGGUCAAGAAAAUGGUAAUGGCUAAGAAGAGUGGAGCCAAAGAAGCAGCUAAGAUGUCUAGUCAAGUGGAUGGUUGCGUUAGUGAGAUUCCGAGGAUGGAGGAUGGUAUAGAGACUCCCAAGUGUGACGGUGUUAUCAAUUGUGCAAAGGAAAUAAGUAAUUGCAACCUUAUUAGUGAUACAAAAACUGUGCCUAGUGAUAAUAGCCAUUUGCAGAUUUAUGAAAAAUUACAGAUGAUGCAAGCGACUCCAACUAAUAAUGUUAGUGCAAAAAUUACUACCAAAGAUGUUAAUCAAGUACAAGAUAUUGUCAUUGAGAUCCUUGAUGAUAGUGGUGAAGAAUCAUUGGAGCUAGGGAAGAAUUUGGAUAGGGAAUGCAGUUCUUUGAAUUUUGAUGCGAAUGUUUGUUUGCCACCUUCUGGGUACAUCAUAGAUAAUAUUGAUGCACAGAAUUCCUUUAUAAACAAGGAUGAAAAUGGUGCUGCAAACUCAGUUAAACUAAUUAAACCAAAAUUGGAGGAUGUGACAAACUCUCCUCUUCCAAAAAUUGGGCAAUUCAUCUUAUCUCCUGAUAAUUAUGCAUCACCUGAAUUGCUAGGUGCUGGAGAAGUCCUUGUCCCAGCUGGUUCCAGAACUGCUUACAGUGACACUUCUUGUGGCAUUAGGACUGAAAUAGAUAUUGAGAGUGAAGUAAAGCAUCAGGAAGAAAUGUUAUUUACUACAGCUACCGAGCCACUUGAAGUUCCUGGAAAUUAUGCCUGUUCACAGCCAUAUAUUCAGGAUCUCCUAGCUCCUUCAUUUUCAGAGAUCAGUAAUUCAGUUCCAGAGCUGAAAUUUCAGAGUGAGGGAACUAUUAAAGAAAAUAAUAUGCAGCCCCAAGCUGUCUCUAAUAUGUCCUUUAAUGACAGCUUGGAUGCUCUUACGAUUGAUUUCUGCAACAAAAGUAUAGGACAAGCUUUACUUUUGGGACCCAUGAAAAUGGACUCUCCUGCCUCACAUUCUGAAAAUUUAUCGCUUUAUCACCUAGAGCCAUCUGCGAGUAUGAAUUUCAAUAACAGUGCAUAUAAUGGCAAUAUAAAUGAAGAACACGGAGGUAGGGGUGUGGGUUUUGUAAGUUCUAUGGUAUCCAGUGCUUCUGAUUCUGGCCAUGAAUCAGGUAAAACCAUUAAGAACAGUCAGUUAAUGUCUGGGAAGGCACAACCCUUACCAAACCUUGAAAAAAAACAAGUAAUUCCAAGUCCAAAAUUAAAGGAUAAAGAUCUCUCAUGUAAAAAAACUUUACCUCAUGCUGAUGUUUCGAGAUUUCUCUCAAAUAGGCUGAAUUGUUCUGUUUCACUCAAAGAUACUGCUCGUGCUAGUCAAACUGGGAGGCAUAGGACAUGGCUUCGUGCUAAUUCUCCUUUAAAUUCAGAGAAAAAUCUAAAACUAGGAGGAAUUUUAAGUAAGCAAGUGCCUAAAAAGAUAGGAAAGAUUCAGAAUUCUUCAUAUUUUCGUAAAGGUAAUAGUCUUAUACGGAAACUAGCUGCUGAGCCGCCUCCUGCCCUCCUUUCUACUGUUGGUACCUCAAAUAGAAAAUUUAAAUCCAUCACAGAGAGUAGUGCGAGGGAAAUUAGUAGUGAAUGCCCGGAUAAUGCAACACCUUAUACUCUAUUUGAAAGACCAAAAACGCCUCCUUUACCUCCCGUUUCCAAGUCUGGUUUCACCAUGAAUUCUCGUAAUGAUUUUCCUCAACUUCUAACAACGGACAGAAGCCCUGAACCUGACACAGAUCAGGGAAAUCAACAUGAUGGUCAAUCUACCGGCUUACUUGCUGGUAAUUUGGAGAGCCAGGAUGCUACAAGUUGUAAAACAGCUGAGAUUGUCAAUGCAAAGAGAGUAACAUAUGUCAAACGCAAAAUGAACCAGUUGGUUGCUGCACAAGAGCUUGAACUUGGUGAUUCCUCUAGGUUUCUUAUGGAGGGAUGUCAGUUGCCUGCUCAUCAUCCUAUGGAGAGGUCAAAGAUACUGCCCAUUUCAUCAUCAUAUCUGUACUACAGAAGUAAAAGGAAUCAGCUUAUUCGGAAUGCAACCUCGUCUGAUAGCAACCUAACUGGAAUCUCAGCUGGUAAUACAAAUUUAGUUGAUUCCCUUAAAGAAGGAAACACGCUUCCUUACAAGAAGAGGCUCGAUGAUGUUCUUCAAAAAGCAAAAAUGCCAAGAAGAUCUUCUCUAGUGUGGACGUUGAGUGGGGACAAAUUGUCCCAAAAAUGCAUUGCAGCGUUUGGUUGUCGGAGGGUUUUCCCAUACAUAUUUCCAUGGAAGAGAGCAGUAAACUGGAAAAGCCUUAUGAUACCCAACAGCAUUCCUAUUUCAAGUAGAUCCUCAGUUUCAUUGAUCAGCCGGAAAUUGCAGUGUCUGAGGAAAAGGAAUACAAUCUAUGAAGUAUCUACUAGUGGAUUCUCUCUUCGAAAAGCUGGAGUAGUAAGCAUUGGUGGAUCUAGUCUGAAAUGGUCAAAAUCCAUAGAAAAACGUUCAAAGAAGGCUAGUGAGGAAGCUACAUUGGCAGUUGCUGAGGUGGAGAGGAAAAAACGAGAGAGGAAAAGAAGUAAAUCUUCAUGUGGUAAUGGGAAGAACAAAGCUAGUUUAACCUGCAGGUCAACUUUAGGCAUUGAGCUAAAACAAGGGGAACGCAUCUUUCGUGUUGGUUCAGCUCGAUAUAAAAUGGACUCAUCUAUGCGGACAUUGUUAAGGAUACCAGAUGAUCAUUCAUCAUCUCCUGCAAGUCAGCAACCUGGCAACAGCAGUCAGAUAUCUUUUGUUCCUAGGAGAUUAGUCAUUGGAAAUAAUGAGUAUGUUCGAAUUGGCAAUGGCAACCAGCUUGUUAGAGAUCCAAAGAAACUUAAACGUAUUCUAGCUAAUGAGAAAGUACGGUGGAGUUUGCACUCAGCUAGGUUAAGGUUGGCUCAGAAACGUCAGUUUUGCCUAUUUUUUACACGGUUUGGCAAGUGCAAUAAAAGUGGAAGGAAAUGCCCAUACAUUCAUGACCCUGCUAAGGUUGCCAUCUGCGCUAAAUUUCUUAGAGGUCAAUGUUCUGAUGCCAACUGCAAGUUAACCCAUAAGAUUAUUCCAGAAAGAAUGCCAGACUGUUCAUACUUUCUGAAAGGACUAUGCACCAACAUAAAUUGCCCUUAUAGACAUGUAAAGGUCAAUGCUAACGCUCCUUUAUGUGAUGGUUUCCUCCGAGGACAUUGUGCUGAUGGUGAUGAGUGUCGUAAGAAGCAUAGCUACACAUGCCCGCAUUUUGAAGCAACAGGGAAAUGUCAUCAAGGAUCUCUGUGCAAGCUUCAUCAUCCUAAAAGCCAAAGUAAGUCAAGAAAAAGGAAAAGAACCAAGAUCCAAAGCUGCAGCAAGGGACGUUACUUCUCUUACAGCAUUGGCAAGGCUGUUGAACCUCUAGAAGUUCCUUCCAGCCAAAAUGAUUUGGAGGGCGGUAAAGACAUCUUUUGUUCUGAUGGGCGAUUUACUGAAUAUAUCAAUCUUAAUGUUGAUAGUGAUAAUGUUGCCAUAAAAAAUGUUGCUAUCAUGGAAUCAUAUGCGGGAAAGUUGGAAUCUGGCUACCUUGAUAUGCAGUCUUGUGAUAUAGAUGCACUCAUAAAGCCUGUUCGGAUCAUGAACAGGGAUGACCUCACAAUAUUUUAACCUUCUAUGAUAGACUUUUCAUUCUUAUAACCCGUUCAAGUUUUCUUUU